AAAUCACGGCAGAUUUCAAAGUGAUCAAGCUCACGAAUGUCCACGGUUCCGAAUGGCGGACAACAACGUCGGCACUCGGUCUUUGAAGUCAAACCUCACCUAUGGACUCUCGCACGAACAGGAAACGACCUUGGGAGGAUGGAAACGCCAUUGAUGUGCAGCCCAAGCGCGCCGGCCCGAAUGUUACAGCCUUCAUCAAUCAGCACCCAUCCCCGCUCCCGCCACGAGCCGGCCACUAUACUCACGGCGAUUACGUCCUGGACCAACAAAGAUUGCUGCCGCGCCCUGUUUCGUCCGGAAACACGUUAGCAGAGCUUGUAAUUUCGAAUUGUACGCAGCAAUUGCCGUCCGUACGGGCAGUCGUGUCGCUAGGCAUACUGAAACCCAGAGCCCGGUCUUUCUACGAUGUUUUCCAACACCGGCAUAGGAAAAUCCCGCCAUCGAGUCACGCAGAAGAUCCUUCAGUUCAUUGCCGAGAUACUGAACGGGUCAGUCUCCCGCAUAGCGGUUUGGACUUGCGUCUCGGUCACGGGCCUGAGCUGGCGCAUGCAGCAGGGACAAUUACUUGCUGCUCACCGGACUGCCAGGAACAAGCAUGUACAGACUCGUGCUCAUCACCCCAAAAGGUUGCCGCGGACUUGGGAAGGCUGGCCAAUAGAGUCCGAAAGUUGACGCGUAUAGAGCAUGACCUACCCACUUCAGUAAGUUGUUCGUUCUAUCUAGCUCUGCUUUUACCGCUAGGUUUUAGCACCCGCCUCCUCUAUCUACAAGGCCAAAGCUGAUAUGUUCUAAUAGCCGCCUGGAACUGAACGUCCUCGGAGUGAAGAGCCACUGCAACGGGCGCUUCGCUCAUUGCAUGAGGGU